GCAACUCGCGAGCUGGAUGAAGUUCGAACUUGGAAGUUGGAACAAUGGCGCAAGUGCUUUCCCUCCAAGAAGUGUUUCAUUCUGCUGACACACGCCACGCAAGACCAGCCAAACCACCGCAGAGGACUACCCACAAGUUCAAGACGUCAGUGUCCGUCCCUAAAAGGGGUGCUGUUACUCCGUUAAGAAAAACCCACAAAUUGAAUUCGGAUGUUUCGCCCCAUAGAGCUGUGUCUGCUGUAAGGUUGAUGAGAAUAGAGAUGGGUGGUGCAUUUGCUGAUUUAUUGAAUGAGAAGGGGAAAGGUUCCGGUGAGAAUGAAAUGGGAUAUGUGGGAAGAACUCUUGGAUUUCGUACCAAGGACUUAGAUGACCGGGAUCUUAGACUGGUUACAGAUGUUGUUGGAGGUACCAUUCGCUGGAGGAGGUAUCUUGAUCAUUUAAUUUGCUCAUUGUGUCACGACGAGAGAGUAUUUCGGAGCAUGGAACCUCUUCUCUUGCAGAUUCUUCGAAUUGGAUUUUAUGAGAUUCUCAAGCUAGACAUGCCACCUUAUGCUGUUGUAGAUGAGAACGUUAGGCUGGCAAAAGCUGCACUGAGACCUGGUGCCGGUAAUCUGGUCAAUGGCAUUCUGAGAAAGCUAUUGGUGGUAAAGGAUAAUGACUCCCUUCCUCUACCCAAAGUAGAAGGUGAUGAUCGGACGCAAGCUCGUGCUCUAGCCACCAUUCAUUCUCAUCCUGUGUGGAUGGUAAGGCGUUGGACAAAGUAUCUUGGACAAGAAGAAACAGUUAGGUUGAUGGUUUGGAACAACAGUGAUCCCAGUUUCAGCUUGAGGGCAAAUUGUGGAAAAGGAUUUUCAAGAGAUGACCUUGUGAAGCAACUUCAAGUUUUGAAGGUACUUGAUCUGUAUUUGCUCGUUGGCUUUGAGUUGCAGGUACCUCAUGAGCUGUCUUUGCAUUUGGAUGAUUUUGUUCGCAUCAGAACUGGAAUGCAGGCUGUUUUACAAGCUGGAUUGCUGAAACAAGGUCUAUGUGCAGUUCAGGACGAGAGUGCAGGAAUGGUGGUUUCAGUUGUGGAUCCUCAACCGAAUGAAACCAUAAUUGACUGUUGUGCUGCUCCUGGAGGAAAGACUCUUUAUAUGGCUGCUUUGAUGAAACAUCAUGGCAAGGUAUAUGCAAUUGAUGUGAACAAAGGUCGGUUGAGAAUUCUUAAAGACACAGCGCAAGUGCAUCAAGUUGAUGGAAUUAUCACCACAGUGGCUGCUGAUCUUCGAACAUUUGCUGAGGAAACAAAAGAGAAAUAUGACAAAGUUUUGCUGGAUGCUCCGUGUUCCGGGCUUGGUGUUCUAUCCAAGAGGGCAGAUUUGAGAUGGAACAGGAGGGUAGAAGAUUUGGAAGAACUGACGAAUCUGCAAGAUGAGCUCCUCGAUGCAGCUUCUACGUUGGUGAGGCCUGGUGGAGUGUUGGUAUACAGUACCUGCUCCAUAGAUCCAGAGGAAAACGAGGAAAGAGUGGAAGCAUUUCUCCUCAGGCAUCCUGAAUUCAACAUCGAUCCAGUAGACAGAUGGAUUCCUGCAGCAUUUGUAACAAACCGGGGUUUCUUUGCCUCCAACCCAGCGAAACACUCAGUGGAUGGAGCCUUUGCAGCUCGCCUGGUGCGUGCCUCUGUAAAACCAACAUCAUAAAUAAGAGCGGUCUCUGCAGCAACUGGAAAGCUGCCUCCAUCUUUCCCCUACAUCUCUCCCUCUCUCUGGCCACUCUGUACAGAGGGAGGACAACAGUGCAUUGUUCCUCUGCAAAAGAUAACUGGCCUCAGGAGCAAAGAAACAUUAUGACUUAUGAGAGAGGAGAAAGUUUGAGCCUUUCCCUUUGGGAUUCCUUCCAUGGUGGAAAGGGUUUAGGGCAGGCUGCUUGCUAAAUGAAUCAUCCGAGGAAAAGAAGUGCACUUUUUGUAUAUCCAAAGAUCACUGCCCACCAAGACAAAAGAAAGUAUUGCUUGUAAUUUGUAAAGUCACCAAUACAACAAUAGGGUUCAUUACCUACAACCUUGUGAUUUCUCCAUUUGUGCUUUCUCCGGAUUUGGAAUUGGAAAUAAGCAGGGGAAAAGAAGCAAUUUUUUCUUCUUUUGAUUCAGAGAAAAAGAAACCCUGUGACUGUGAGUUGUUUUG